AUCCACGGUCCGUUUAGUCUACUCGCGAAAGCUAUCGAAGGCGCACACAUCAGUUGUUGGUCUUUCCAUACACCGUAGUGUGUCUCUCGGCAUCAAGCAGCAAAAGCAUUUAGGCUUCAGGCAGCUCCAGCAGUUGUGUGCUCGGCUUUUUUGAGUUUUCCUCCUUUACUUGAUUUCGGGGGCUUUGCGUGUGCGGUGGCUUUCAGGUAGAGUUUCACCAUCAUCAUCGCCUCGAUGAUCAUCGUCGUGUCUCUAGCCAGUAGUAGUUGGAGUUGUUCAGAGCCAAGAGAGUGAAAACUGGCGGGCGGGCACAAGUUGUGUAACAACCCGAACCGAAUUGUACUGAACCUGUUGAAUCCGGACCAAAAAUAGAAUUCCGACUUUCGACGAGCUGAGAUCCCGAAUCGACUCGGGGGGUAGUUUUCGUGUUGUGAAGAAAAUCGCGUUCGGUAGUGAACAGACGCGCAUCACAGGAUUGUUGCACAUCCCGAAGAGUGCAAAAAACGGAAAGUAGUGAAACAGAGAGUGCGAUCGCGCGAUUAGACGGUGAAAGAAAGCAGAAAAAAUUGAUUGAAUCCGAAGCGGAGCAGCGAAACAGUUUGGCGAAAAAGGGAAAACUUGUGCUAACUAUCCGAUUCAACCCAACCACGUGCGAGUUUGUGGUGCGAGGAAAAUACGGCAAAGUGAGUGCAGUUUUCUAGUUUGACGAGGAAACAGAGUGGCAAAAAAUAAAUAAACACAGAGAGGAGAUCACAAGAGCGUGACCAAGUGGGAAAUCCUGUGCAGAAGCAGCCAGUUGCAGCGCCAAAGUGUGUGUUUUUUUUUUCUUUGAGUGCAAAAGCAGCAGCAGCAGCAGCAAAUCGACGCAAACGAAGUGAAUAACUUUUCAGUGUGUGAGCGUAAUUUCCGCGAGCAAAUGUUUGCUAGAAACAAAUGCAAACCGGAGGAUCCUAACUUUGAGUAACGGAGAAACAAGAGGCACAAGGUGGUGUAGAGAAAAAAAAAACGAAGUGAGGAAAUCAAAACCAAACAGAAAAGCCUCGAAGUGCGAUUGAGAAACGUAAAACAGAAGCAGAAGUGAUAAGGCAAAACAAAAAAAAAAUCAACACAAAAAGUGAAUGAUUCCGCGUGUGUAACAACUGUGAGUGAGCGAGCGGUUUAUCCGAGCCCCGGGUUUUGGAACAGUUUUUGAGCGAGUUUUAACAACAGCUGGUCAGGGGAGUCGCUCCCAUCCACUCCGAGUGCAUUUCAAAACGCUUGGGCUCCCUCGAGGCCACCCUACCGCGUGAGAUGGUGUCACGGCGUAAAAUUUUGUCCCGUUCGCGGGACGACCUCAACUUGGACUCAACAUUCAUCGCCCAGGAGGAAGAGGAAGACGUUUGGUACCAGAAGGAGAAACUCUAUAAGGAACACAUCCAGGAAGUGCUGGACAAAUGGACACAGAUCGACGACGAGAUCUGGGCAAAGGUAAUCGUCUUCGAGCGGAACCGCCGGGUGGCCAAGGCCUACGCCCGGGCCCCGGUCCUCACCAUCAACGGCUCGGACGACGGCUUCGACGGCAUGAGAAUCGGUUUAUGUGGCUUUGACAACCCGAUGCGCGAUCACAAGACAGACGAGGUCAAACGACACGUUGGACAGGGAGUCAAAAUCAAAAUGGACGACGCCGGUAACAUUCUCAUCCGUCGCUACUCAAAGAGCAGUGUCUACGUCAAAAGCACAGCCAACCAGCCAAACGAAGAAACAGCCAUCGGAGCGGACAUUCUGAAGCUUCCCGGACAGGCCAUCGAGAGUGAAAAGAUAGUUAAGUUAUUCGAUAUGAAAAAGUUCCAGUCAAACGUCAAUCGGGAGCUGCGGCGUGCCUAUCCGGAUCGCCGCCGGCUCGAGACCCAGUGCCUCUCAGCGAUCGCGUUCGUCAAAUCGGAAAACGACAUCCUGGACUGCCCGAUCUGGGUGCUGAUCAUCAACGUGGUGGCCAUGGAUAUGCUCAAGAGCAAACUACCUCCAGUGCACCGCCCGGUGGACAUCAAGAACCGUCCGCGUAUCCCGAUCCCGGACGAGGACCCGUACAGUGUGGCCGGCAAUGGCGGCGGCAGCUCGGGUAGCUCCGGGUUCGGGGCCAGCGGCAGUGGCAUGGUCGGUGCCUCCCGGGAUCACCUGAUGGGCGGCCAGGGCCAACCGAUGGGACAGCGCCGCAGCGAGAAACCACCGAAGCUACCUCCGCGGGACAAUCUGUACGCGUCGCACGAGAUGGUGAAGCCCGACUAUGACGACAUUGAGGACGAGAACCGCGUCAAGCUACAGCGAGGAAAAUCAGACAAAGGCAAAGACAACAAGAAAUAUGACGAUCCCUACUACUGCGGACUUCGGGCCCGUGUGCCAAACUUUGUCAAAUCGUCCAAAUCGAAGGAGAACAACAACAACAGCAACGUAGCCAACAAUAAUAGCAGCAACGGCAAGGACAACAGUGCUAACGCCGUUUCCAAACGUCUCUCGAUUGCUCAUCUACAGCACCCUUCGUCGCUGCAGUCGUUGCACCAGUUGCACCAAAUGCAUCCCCAUCACAACCUGAUGGCCGCUCACCAGCACCACCAGCAGCUAAUGUGGCACGCCAGAAGCUAUGAAAGCGGAAUCGGUUGUUCUCCAUUCGCAGAUACCGACGUGGUUGAGUCACCCUAUAGUCACAUGUAUGGCCGUGUCCCGUUGCCGACGAGGGGCUACAUUCCGGCACCGCGUGCCAUGUACAUUGGCGAAUGGGAUUAGGUCGCGUCGAGCCGUUCCAGCAACUAAUCGCGCUCGAGACUAAUCGAAGUAACCCUAUGGAACACAAUAUACACGUUAGAAUACAUCUACCCGGUUGGAACACUUCCCGUUUUGUCGAUCAGCGCACACUUCGAUCGGAGACAGGCACCGCGCCCGCUAUGGCAACACUUCCGCUUGUUUCCCUUUUCAAAUGAAAUGAAAAAUGGAGUCGUGCGUCCGGCUUUUCUCUUCUAUUUCAAACUCUUCCUCUGUUUUUGGCGUACUUUUCUACCACUGUUUAGAUUAUAAGUGAAGACUAGUUUGUUGUUUUAGUGUAUAUAGUUAUGAAUGAGAAUUUAGGAAAAAAACAAGAAAAAGCUUUUGCUCGCGGUGGGUUCGAUUGGCGUUUUUUUUACAAAGGAAAAAACUCCAUCCAACCCACCGUCUCAGCUCUAGUUGAACAUGAUAGACUUGUACGCGACUUAACGCAAGGAAACUUUAAACAACAAGAAAACCAACAACACGUUGACACGAUACUGCCAUUCAUUUAUUAUUUUUUUAUGAUAUCGUUUAUUGUUUAUUGAAAAAAAAGCGUUAGUAGAUUUUUUCGGCAACCAUUCAGGACGAAAUGAACCUAAGUGUGUGUGUAAAUACAACAAACUGAAAACGUGAGACUAUUUACAAGAUGAAAAAAAUGAGGAAAAAAUUGUUACAAAACGAACUCUAUGUUUCGAUGUACAUACUAAAACUGUCAACUGUUAUUUUUUUAAUUAAGCGAAAAAACUGUCAUGGUUAAUCGUAUUUUUAGACACGAAAUGUUUUAGCUGUCAUUUAUCGUAAAUCUUUUUUGAGAAACAGUCGUAACCCCUGUAUAUCUCCGUACUUGUAUGUUUUAAGUUUUAACUAUCGCCUGCAAGUGUUUACUCCUCUAGCAUUAGAUCAGAAAGGAACGAAGCAGCACAUUGAAAAUGAAACUCAAUGUCCGCGUUCCAAAACAAUGGCAGUGCUUCCAAGAGCUCAAACACUGUAUAGGAAAACAAAAUAGAACUUUGGAAGCCAAAACAACCAAUCACGAUGACAUAAUACUCAACAAACCGAAACCCAUGUACACGUCUGUUUUAACCGCCUUAUUUUGGUGUAAAAAUCGCCGCACAUUCUGACAGUUGCCACACCUGCUCAGCCCUCGAUCGUAAACCGCUCCAAACCUCAAAAUUUUUCAAAAAGUUUCACCCUCCCUUCCCCUGACCUAUUGUCCAAAAUUUCUCACACCUUACCACUGUGAUUGUUUUGAGACUUUCCACAUUUUUCUCGCAAAAACGUAAAUUUGGUUAAGACACACACACAUCCACACGCACGACCAACAACAAUCGAUCAAUCAAUCAAAGUGUAGAAUAUUCACAACAUGCGCGCGCUGCAGGAGUUUCUCUGCGCUUACUUUGUUUCCUUCCUCAACCCAAUAUCAACCGUAUGUUCCGACCGCGUGUUCGUACCCUGCCAGCACCAACUAGGAGAUUCCGAUCUACGGUUCUAAUCUACAAGACCGACACGGGUGAGAUCGGAAUUUUCCACCCUAUAUCCAUUCUCGGCACAGUUGGAUGGUAGCCGUUCCAAAUCCUAGCUUUCGGCUCGUAUUUUGUCAUUAUUCACAUUUUUGGCCCCCAACGUUUGGCUUCCCGGUUAAGAGCUCCUGCACAAAACUUAUCAUCACAUCCCCAAAAAGGCAAAAUGGACGGUUUCGAGGGGAUCACGCUGUGACAAGCAACUGUCAGAAUUGACUUGACUCGAUUGGUUCACCAUUUUUAAACGUGUAACACUUUUAGCUAAUAAUACUAAUCAAGGCUGCCAGGCAUGAGAUUGCAAUACCCAGCUUACUAUUGUCGCAACGAUCUUCAAAUUUCCAACAUCAUCAAAGCAAGCGCGGCAAAACGUUUGUUCGUGUUUGCUACUUUUGUAAAUUGAACCCUCUAGACACAGACGUGCAUGCGUUUUCCUUCCUUCUUAUCCCUCUUAAUAUACGGUAGAUUCGUAUAAGAAGUAACGCUAAGUCGUAUUUUACAAUCAAAGUAACUUACCUAAACAGUUGCUUGUAAGUGGUAAACUAAGUGGUCUCCUGUAACGGAACUUCCAGCAAAAAUUUGUUCUGCCAAGCAAAUUUUGAACGUGAAAGAAAUUAUAUUUAUACAGUAAGCGAUGGCGUUUUUCGGACUAUGGUGAAAGGGUCGAAAUUUGUUUUGAAUUAGAAAGGAAAACCACACACACACAAUCAUUCAUUCAUACAAACAGUAAUUGGAUAAAUAGUGAAUCAGACUGCCACCAGUGGCGUGAGAGUAAAAAGAGAUAGGAAUCGAUCUUAUUUAAACUUUUUCAAACGAUGCUCAUACACAACCAAGACAAACAUGAUCAUAUCGAUUAGUAACCCAAGCACUGUAUCUAAUAUCUACACCAUCUUCUGUUUAUAUUUCAUAGAAAAAAAAAGUAAUGAACAAGAGAUAAAUGUAAUCACAAACCAGUAAUUCUUAUUGUAAACGAAGAAUUAAUAACAUACUUUCCCAUUAAAAAAUAAAACAGCAAAACCCGAAAUCAGGAUAUGAUCCCGAGAACCCGACUACCGGAAAGUCGAAGCAAUUCAAGUGAAAGCAAUAUAAUACAGCAGCACAGUAUACACUUCCAAAUUACGCACAAUCCCCCAAGCAUAUGAAUGAAUUAUACAUUAAUUAUUAUAGCGAUUGAUGAUAUGGAAUGUUUAUAGCUCUUACAGUGAAAGGGAAACAAAUGACGAAGAAGCGAUCCGCAAAAAACGAUGAGAGAACUACCUACUGAUCAAAAUGAAUUGAAAAUGGAAAAAGUAUUUUAAAAAUAAAGUUAAAAACACAACCAA